AUGAACACAAGCUAACUCACAGGACGAUGCUAGAAGAAACAAAGUAACUGUGUUAAGUUUGAGGGAAUAUGAUGUUUCUCAGUAGAAAUGAUGGAUGUCAUUGAUCCAUACAGCCGACCAGCGCGAAGGACACAAUGGAUAGUCAGCACUCUGGCUUACCAUUACGGACUGGACCGGGGAGUGGAGAACGAAAUUAUAGUUUUGGCUACCGGGUUGGAUCAAUACCUACAGGAGAUUUUCCAUCACAUGGACUAUCAAGGUGGCGGCAAAAUCCCUGUGGAGGAUUUUAACAUCUUGUGUGAAGUUUUGGGACUAAACAAAGACUCUGAGGAUACAGAAUGCACCGGUGAUUUAGACCAUUUACCCAGCGAGCUCACCUUCAGACACUUCCACGCUAAACUGUGCGGAUAUUUCAGCACCAAGGCGGGGUGUCAGUAUGAGAACGGCCGGCUGCUGGUCGGGAAGGACAGCGAGCAUAUCGAGACUCAGAUCCGCCUUAGAAGCCCUCUGAGGCGGCGAGAGAAGCUGCUGUCUGUGGGUGGGAGCGGCGACUCCUGCCCCUCCUCGGAAGGACGACACGCCUCCGGCUGUAGGCUCGGGUCCUGCACCAAAGAGUGCUAUGAGGAGAUAGUGGCACUGGAAGAAGCAGAGGACCGAAUAUCGAAAUUGGAAGAUGAGAAUGCAAGUUUGAGGGAGCUGAUUGAGGACAUGCGAGCCGCACUUCAGAGCAGCGACGCCCGCUGUUUGGCUCUGCAGGUAGGACUAUGGAAAAGCCACUCCAAACAUAAACCAGAGGAAGGCUGUCUUGCUGCCCACCAGAAACAAGCAGCCCAGAAAAGUUUGAGCAACAGCAACCUGAAAAGCAGCACCUACAGCAACCUGAAAAGUCUGCAGAACAUUAUCCAUGAGAUAGAGCUGCUGCGGAGCUCCAGAGAGCUGCAGGCAGAGGAGGCCAUGCUGUGUAAUGAGAGACUGGAACAGGAGCUGUGGAGCUCUAAAGAGACUGUGGCUGCUCUGGAGGACUGCAACCGAGCCCUAAAGAGGGAGCAGGUGGGCAUGAGGAGGAAGGUGGAGGAGGCCAGGCAGGCACUGCUCAGCGGCCUGGGUAAGGUGAAGGAACUGGAAGCCAAGGCCAGUCAUGUGCCGGCACUGCAGAGGCACAUCCUCCAGCUGGAAUCAGAGCUCCUCUACUACAGGUCGGAGGUGUCAAAACUACAACUCCCAGGCAGCACCAGGGCAGAGCAGCAGCAGAGUGUUGGCAGCAGGCCGGGCCAGAGAUGUUGCUUGGACUCCCAACAUGACCGAUGUUCUCCGACAGGGCGUGCCGUGACAACUCCGGAUAAGAUGGAGGAGCAGCUGUUUCGGUCUGUGGAGGGCCAGGCAGCGUCCGAUGAGGAAGAGGACAAGUGGACCGAAGACCAGCAGAGGCAGGUGGCCGAAGUGAAGAGGAUCCUGACGAGGCUGUCCUGCUGUGGUGAAAGGUGCGACGACAAGGCCUUCAAGAAGCUGAUGUGUAAUUAUGGAAGCUCGAGGAGCGAGGAGAGUUGCAGCGCUGUGGUGGAGCUCCUGGAGAGGGUGACCAGGUUGCAUAAACAGCUGGAGCUGAAGGAGAGCCGGGCAGAGAUAGACAUGGACCAGAUGAAGGGCUCUCUGGUGCAGGAGCUGCAGCAAAAGGCAGAGGAGACUGAGCUGCUUCAGAUGGAGCUGCAGAUGCUGGAGACAGAGAGGGUUCGUCUGUCGCUGGUGGAGGAGAAACUUGUGGACAUCCUGCAGCUCCUCCAGCAGCUCAGAGACCUGAAUGUCUCACGGAGGUCUCUCGGGAAAAUCUUGCUCAGCACUUUGGGGUGCUGCAGCGACCCGCAGCACGGGAAAGCCCACAUUCUGGAGGUGCUCAACGCUCUCUAUCAUGAACUGGCUGCCUGUGAGAUUCUGUCCACUGGUGGACGUUUGGAGCGAACACAGAGUCAGCAGUCUCUGAACGCCCUCAUCAUCUCCUGCUAAAGACUGCCUCCUGCUGGGCCGGUGAUGCUCCAACAGUCAAAAAUCAAGCUGAUCGAUGUGUAUAGUGUAUUAUAUUGUAGCUUGUAUACUCUUCAUACCCUAUUACCUAUACAGGGAUACUAGUUUAGAAUGUUAAUUAGUAUAGCAAAGGACUUUAUUACAUAUUAAUGAAAUAUGCUUUUUUCAAGAUCUUUUAUUGCACAUAACUCUUUCAUGAUCCAAUAUGAAUUUUCUUUUUCCACAACAAAGUUCUGAAUGUGAAAAUGUUGAAAUAAGCUAAACCUUAAAGGGGCAUGAAGUAGUCUGUGAAAUGUAUCGCGCUCCGCUGGUCAACUGGUCAACAACAUCCCAGAUAGAAUUGAAAGGAAAUUGCGUGAGGCUGCAUAUCAAGAUCACUUGUAUCAUAACAAGGCAGUGUCGUUACUAAGGCCUCUGCAGAGUAUACAGAGAGCACAGCCUACAUUUGACCUCAUUUCGAGAACACUAUCAGGAAGUGACGUGUAAUGGUGCAUUCCAUAACGUCAGUAAUGUUGGGACGAUGGUAUCUACCAGUUCAUCUGUCAGCAGUAUAUGCAUCACUUCAACUGGACCAAUGCAAAAUGUAAAUACUGACCGUCUGGUCAACUCUUACCUAAAGGUCCACAUACCUGCUACACUUUGUGUCCACGGCAUAUUGAGGUUGAAUGUUAAUCUCAUACUGUAAACUUUGAUAUCAUGAGACUUGCCUUAGGUCACCACUAGUUUGGCUGCCUCUCAAAGGAAACUUCCUGGUGCUGAAGUUGGACAUGUUUAGCAUAGGAGGGGACAAUGGUUGCCCUAAUGCAUCAUUAAUGUUGGUCUCUGUGAGCCUUAACCACAGGCUUAGCCUCGUAUUCAGAACCUCAAAAUGGGCCACAUUAAUUUGCUUAAAUGUGUCAAAUAAUUACAAUAAUGUCAUAUUUUAUUUGAGAGGCCAUGGUUGUGUGUGUGUGUCUGACUCAAGAAGGUGGCACAUGCCGACCCUGGCUGAUCACAGAACAAAUGUACAUGUUAGAGAUAGACUUUAUUGUCCUCCAGGGGAACAUUUGUUACCACAGUGUGAGCAUUAUCAAUGUCUCCGGAACAUUCUGUAGCUGCAUCUGCACCGUACAUGCAGAGACACCCACAAAAAACAAGAACUAUUCAUACAAACAAUUAAAAAACAUAUACGCCCCACACAAGUGCAACAAUUUCAUUUACAUGAUUGACAGCAGUGAGUCUGCGGUUACUGCCUGACACUUGUUUCUUAAAAGAAUACUGAAACAUGAAACCUUUUCACAUUAGACAGAUAAGUUGCAUUGUCAUUAUUGUCUUGAAAUUAAAACCUCAGAUACAAAACCACUCACUGGUGUUAUUGAAUCCUGCCAUUAAAGCCUUUGACGUACGCA